GAAAUUGGCACAAUGGAAGAAGCUGGAAUUUGUGGGCUAGGGGUAAAGGCAGAUACGUUGUGUAACUCUCAAUCAAAUGAUAUUCUUCAACAUCAAGACUCAAAUUGUGGCGGCACAAUUAACAAGCAUUCAUUGGAAGAGGAUGAAGGCAGUGACUUUAUAACAGAGAACAGGAAUUUGGUGAGCCCAGCGUACUGCAAAGAAGAGUCGAGAGAGGAAAUCCCUGGUGGAGAAGCUCGAACAGAUCCCCCUGAUGGUCAGCAAGAUUCGGAGUGCAACAGGAACAAAGAAAAAACCUUAGGAAAAGAAGUUUUAUUACUGAUGCAAGCCCUAAACACCCUUUCAACCCCAGAGGAGAAGCUGGCGCUCUGUAAGAAAUAUGCUGAUCUUCUGGAGGAGAGCAGAAAUGUUCAGAAGCAGAUGAAGAUUUUGCAGAAGAAGCAAGCCCAGAUUGUGAAAGAGAAAGUUCACUUGCAGAGUGAACACAGCAAGGCUAUCUUGGCAAGAAGCAAGCUAGAGUCUCUUUGCAGAGAACUUCAGCGUCACAAUAAGACGUUAAAGGAGGAAAAUAUGCAGCAGGCACGAGAGGAAGAAGAGCGACGUAAAGAAGCAACUGCACAUUUCCAGAUUACCUUAAAUGAAAUUCAAGCCCAGCUGGAGCAGCAUGACAUCCACAAUGCCAAACUCCGGCAGGAGAACAUCGAGCUGCGGGAGAAGCUGAAGAAGCUCAUCGAACAGUAUGCACUGAGGGAAGAGCAUAUUGAUAAGGUGUUCAAACAUAAGGAACUGCAACAACAGCUCGUGGAUGCCAAACUGCAGCAAACGACACAACUGAUAAAAGAAGCUGAUGAAAAACAUCAGAGAGAGAGAGAGUUUUUAUUAAAAGAAGCGACAGAAUCGAGGCACAACUAUGAACAAAUGAAACAGCAAGAAGUACAACUAAAACAGCAGCUUUCUCUUUAUAUGGAUAAGUUUGAAGAAUUCCAGACUACCAUGGCAAAAAGCAAUGAACUGUUUACAACCUUCAGACAGGAAAUGGAAAAGAUGACAAAGAAAAUUAAAAAACUGGAAAAAGAAACAAUAAUAUGGCGUACCAAAUGGGAAAACAAUAAUGAAGCACUUCUGCAAAUGGCUGAAGAGAAAACAGUCCGUGAUAAAGAGUACAAGGCCCUUCAAAUAAAACUGGAACGGUUAGAGAAGCUGUGCAGGGCUCUUCAAACAGAAAGGAAUGAGCUCAACAAGAAGGUGGAAGUCCUGAAAGAGCAGGUCCCCGUCAAAGCGGCUGACAGGGAUUUAGCAACACCUGUGAUGCAGCCCUGUGCUGCCCUGGAUUCUCACAAGGAGCUGAACACUUCCUCGAAAAGAGCCCUGGGAGCGCACCUGGAGGCUGAGCCCAAGAGCCAGAGAAGCGCCGUGCAAAAGCCCCUGUCCACAGGCUCUGCCCCGACCAUCGAGUCAGUUGACUAAGAUGAGGUGUGGAAUUUGGACCACGAGGGGCUCCUGUAGAGGAUGGCUGUUUGUGUUUGAUUCUGA